CAGCAUCGCAUCGUCUCAUCUCGAUUCUUCCGCCAUAUCCCAAAGAAAACGAAGAAAAAGAAACCACCCAUCCGCCACAAUGCGCCACUCCCUCGCCCUCCUAGCCUUCACCAGCGGCGCCGCGCUCGCAGAAACCCAACUCCCCUUCUUCUGGCCCGGCUUCGACAACGACGUCUCGGGCGCGCAACCCGUCGCCUCCGUCAUCUCGGCAGACCCCACAACCACGGUCCUGCAAUUUUCGUGCCCCACCAACGUCGACGAGACCGAGUGCGGCUGGGGCGAUGGCCAGAUCACAUACACCAUCCUGUCAACGACGAUUUACAGGGCGGACAUCGCGACCGACACGCUCCGCGUGAGCUUCGGCUGCACGUAUGAUAGCAGCGCCACGCAGCUCGCGUGCGAGGAGAGCAUUGUGGAUCCCGAGCUCACGCAGAUCCAGAGUGGUAGCGAGAUGAGCACGAGGACGACGCUUACCGGGACGGAUGUCGCGUUCCAGACCGCGACGGUGACGGCGGGCGAGAGCUUGUUGGGCGCGUCGGCGGGCGCUGUGGCGUCGAGUGGUGCGUCGGCGCCGGCGAGUAGUCUUGCGACGAGUGCGAGGGCGAGCGGGAGUGCGGCUGCGACGACGGGGGGGACGCCGAGUGCGUCGGGGGCUAGUGCGACGGGGAGUGGAGCCGCGGCGCAGAGUACGGGUGCGGCGGCGCGGUUUGGGGUAGAGGGCGCAGCGAUGUUUGCGCUGGCUGGGGCGGCGGCUAUGGUGUUGUAGGGCGGGUGAUGUGAGGGGAUGAGAAGGUGCAGGUCGUGUGAGGAGGUGGAGGUGAAGGUUCAGAUUGUAUAUGUGGAGGAGAGAUA